ACUCUCUGUCCGACCACUGUAUAUUUAUGGGCGAUCAUAAAAAUACACAAAUAAAAUAGAUCUACAACAAAUCUCAGGUAAGCUACAAUUACCUCAAUGUAUUUAAGUUAGAUUAUCUAACAAAAAAACCUAAACGACACGUCUUCAAGGUCAACAGAUGUUUUUGUUUAUGGAAGAUAAAUCAUGAAGUAACCAGAGUCAACAACUUUUCAUUGUCCGACAGAAUUUCCUCUGGGAAAUUUUCGGCCUUGGAGUUUCACAAGGAUAAUGACGGGAAACCAUACGGGGGACUGAACAGACGGACCACUCCGCUUUCCGAUUGGUCCGUCGCGCGUUCGAUCCCAAGCCGUGAUUGGCCGACCAGAACGUCACUCAGCCAGCGCUUAGCAGCCUCAAGUUUGAAACUUUUUGAAAAAGGUGGAGUCAAGUUACAAACUUUGGUAACCAAACGCGACAAGAGGGAGAAGAAAACGCUUGAAUUAUUUACACCGCACGCUCAGACCAAACAUACACCGUGUGGACAAAUUUUACAGGCCUUAUACGACACUUUUAACAUCUUUUUCAUGAGCCUGUAUGUGGAUUUUGGAGUGUCAGGGUGUUUAUAAAGUCUACAUGGAGGUUUGAAGAACGCAACUUACGUUUUGGACGCCCAGUAUCCGGUUCAAAUAGGCGAGAGGCAUCAUGGACUCGUUCAGCACCAAGAACAUGGCUUUGCAGGCCCAGAAGAAACUCAUGAGCAAAAUGGCAACCAAGACGAUGGCCAACCUCUUCAUCGACGACACCAGCAGCGAGGUCCUCGACGAACUGUAUCGGGUGACCAAAGAGUACACGCGCAACCGCAAGGAGGCUCAGAAGAUCAUCAAGAACCUCAUCAAGAUGGUGGUCAAGUUGGGCGUCCUCUACCGCAACGGCCAAUUCAACAACGAGGAGCUGGCGCUAGUCGAUCGAUUCCGAAAGAAGGUGCACACUCUCGCCAUGACCGCCGUCAGUUUUUACCAAAUCGACUUUACUUUCGACCGACGCGUCAUGAGCAAUCUACUCAACGAUUGCCGCGAACUGCUACACCAGGCCAUCAACCGUCACCUGACCGCUAAAUCUCACGGUCGCAUCAACCACGUCUUCAAUCAUUUCUCCGACUGCGAAUUCUUAGCGACGCUAUACGGCCCUUCGGAAGUUUACCGCGCGCACCUGCAGAAGAUCUGCGAGGGAGUCAACAAGAUGUUGGAUGAUGGGAAUCUUUGACCACUGCGUGUUCCUUUUUUAUUUUUUACGACGUUAUUUGAACUCUUUUUGUGUGUGUGGUCCUCCGGGUAAAAGAGAUGAAGGUCUUAUUUCUGACAACAUUGUUGAACAUUGUGAAUGUAGGACAUCUGUUUUGUUCUUCCAGUGAAACACGUUUGUAUAACUUUGGCUCUUGAAGCCGUUUACACAAACCUUAAGGAUUACUUCAUCCAAAAUUCUUGUCAUUGGGUGUGGACCUCAAAAAGAUUUGCAGCUCUUGCAAUACAAUAAUAGUUUGUAGUGAUCGAUUUAUGAAGUAGUUCAUGUGACUCGAUGCUUAUGAAGUAACAUCAGAACCCAAAGUUAAUAUCAUUACAUCAUCGCUGAUAAAUCUGCACAUUUAUAAAUGGAGUUUUGUUUCUUACGUAUGAAAUAACCAUUUAUGUCGGUUAAUUAUGUUCCUGUCAUUGAACGCAUGAGUCACAUGGAUUAGUUUUUGGCCUGAAGCUUCCUAAUGAUCCUUUUGUAAUGAAAUAACAUAUAAUUUGGGAAUAAAUAAUAAGUCAAAAUUGUAAUGAAACCCAAUGCAGUUUUAUAGGGCGAGGAUUAUAUUCAAGAUCAGCCCUCAGAGGAAAUGAAGGGUCAUUUACAAAACCCCUUUGAUGAACACGACGCUGCAAAAACGAAAUGCACUUGGGACCAAAUAAUUUCGUCUCUAAAUUUAGGAAACAAUCUCGCUUUAUCGCUUCCUGAAACCCGAAAAAGCUUGAAUUCUGCUGUGAUUGGACAAAAGAGGAAGCUGAUGUCGUCUGUGUGAUUACAGAACUUGGUCGUGUAGUGGUCCACUUCUCCACCUCCCCCCACGCCGAUGAUGUCUUGACUUUGAUGCAGUUCCUGAUCGGGGAACAAAGAAGAUGUGUGCUACCUUUCACCGCACUUUUAUUUCCUGUUUUAAUGAAGGUUAUAUGUGUAUAUAUAUAUAUAAAUCUAUAAAUGACUGAGCCGCUUCGUUCUGA